AUAUGCAGCUGUAAAAUAAGCUCUUUAGUUAUUAUUUUUAUCUACGAUCGCUGGCUGAGAUUUUUUGACUGCAGGUGUAACAGGAUUUUUCUGAAUUCUCUAGUCAAUGCUGAAAGUCUCGUUGUGUAGUGGUAGAUACCUGUCUUAAAUUAGCACUGAAAAUAAAAGAGAUGCGGACAAACAUUGUUUUUUUUUUUUUUUUUGUUCUUCAACUCAAGAAACUUGAAAAAGAAGGAGAUACAGAAUUAAGUGCACAUUUUCUAGGAGAUAUAUUACAGCUGGAGGUGUACCGAACACCGUGGACGCGGUGGAUCAUUAGCGUCUUGAAUGUGAUGCCUCUCCUCAUCCUGCAGACUUCGAGCUCUUCACUCCUGAAUAAACAAGGCUAAUUGUAAGACCUUCAGAUGCAGUUUAAUCUCCAUAUGCUUAUAAGUACGGUAUUCCGACUCAAAGUACGCGGGCAGGUAAUUGGUCUGAAAAUAGAUGACUUGCCUCGAAAGAAUUACACUUGUAUUUUCAUGUAUUUUCCCCCAUCGCAGAAGCUUCUGGAAAAUACAAAUUCUGAAACCAUUUCUUCACAGAAUUAUGCUGAUGAACGAGAAUACGUAAAAGGACCCUAUCAUUUUAUCAAUGCUGCAGAAAUCGAUGCUCCGUAGUCCUAGAGUACAUUAAAAUUACAACUAUUAUAAAUCAUCAAUCUUGUUUUAUUUCAGAACAAAUAAAUCAAUAUUUUUCAAUCUUUUUUUUUUUUUACGGUGAUUUACAAAGAGACACACAGAUCGGGAUGAAUUAUAUAAAAAUGCUACAUGAACGCUGUGAAAUUUUCGAAGGGAGCAUCUCAAAACGAAUUAGGCGUAAUUGAAACCCGAUUAAAAUUAUGAUUCAAAGAUGGUAUGAAUUUUUGUCGGACCGCCAUAUUAUAGCAGUGGAUAAAAGUAGAGAAAAAAAAUCAGACACCGCCCAUCGUGGUCCUAAGAUUUAAGUUCGUCAUAAUUGGUGACAAUUAGUUGGUUAUUCGUGGGCAUACUUCGUUACUAUUGGCUACUGGGCUGUCCCCGUUGGUGCAGGCCAAGUAAAGACUCGCAUCUUAUACUCCACAUGUUUUACUCUGACAUUUCGAACUUAGUAUACCGAGACAAUUCACGAGAACAAGUAUUGUUUUAUACGUGUGACAAACUGCGACAGUCAACGAUCACCCAAUCGGCUUGCAUUAAUUACUGCUAAUUAUUGUGCGACGAUUAGUGCGAUAUUUGGUGUCGUUUAUUUUGUUCUAAGACGCCUGCUGCUAUCCGUAGCUUGAAUAAAUAAUAUCCCGAUGGAAUCUUGGGCAGAGCAUAAUAAUAUCUCAUCAAGAAUUCGUAUGGCGGAAGAUAUGUUCGCGUUACCUCCGACGCCGCCCACACCACCGACGCCGCCUUUAAUUCACCUUCAAGAUUACCAAGGAAAUCGUUUUCCAACUCUAAGUUCCGAAGCAGCAUGGCUCUAUAAGUGGCCUUGGGAUGUGUCCGUUGAUCCAGGUGAUAUUUCGGAGGCUGUUAAAAUCAGCCCACCCCUAACAGGUACAAGGUGCUCUCACGCGCACGUUAAUCACGGAGGAUCAAGUCCGGCGGAAACCACGACAUUUGACAACAAUCAAAAUUAUCAAGUGCACAGAUGGGAAAUGCAGUACGCGAGUUACGGCAUUCUAUGCGGUGAUUUAGGGUCAUCACAUUGUUCUUUGAGCAGAGAAGAAGAUGGUGGCAAUUCUUUAACAGCGGAAGAUUCCUCGAUGGAUGUUUCCUGCCCUAAAAACAACGGACAAGUUGAGCAAACGGUUUUUAGGGCCUGGGAAAUUUCUGACAUCCAGGAUGCUUCAGCGGCCGCAGUCAGUACGAGUGAAGAAUUUUGCAAAAUUCACCCCACUGACCAGUCAGACCUCCCCUCAGCGCCUCCGAUAGCGCAGUAUCCUGGGCACGGGGUAUACCAAAAUUUUCAAGUCAGCGAGGACGAAGCUUCCACUCCACCUGCUCUAUCUGAAUCAGAUUGCGAGACUAGCAAAAGACUGAGCGGAAGUACAACGGAUAAACCUCGUAAGGAAAGAACUGCAUUUACAAAGCAACAAGUCAGACAUUUGGAGUGCGAAUUCGCGCACAGCAAUUACCUCACUCGACUUCGUCGAUAUGAAAUCGCUGUUGCUUUGGAUUUGACGGAACGACAGGUCAAAGUUUGGUUUCAAAAUAGACGUAUGAAGUGGAAACGAACGAAAGGGGGUUCCUCUUCUCAGGUGCUUCAGGGGAAAAAUGGUGAUCAUCUGACCCACUGAAUGCAGGGAAUGAUCGGACUUGUGGGAGUCAUAAUUAAAUAUCAAAUGUAAAUAUUAAUGUUAGCUUAUAGUAAGAAGAAUUACCUAUACCAAUAAAAGUGAAUUAUUAUCUGC